AAGAGAAACAAUCUCCAGCCGAGUUUUUUUCCGUGGUCAACACGUUGACUCGUUGACUUGGUUUGACUCAAUUUUUUUCCAAACCUUUGGGUUUCAAAAUUUUCAGUUUCAAAACCAAUUGAGCAACCGCGCUCGAGAGCUCAGGAAAAUCGGAAGAGGCCCCCAAACCCUCAGCUACUUCCUCCUCCUCUAGGGUUUCUUCGUCCUCCCCCCGUCGUCUCGACGAGCCGAGCGACCAUGGCCGCCGCCUUUUCCUGCGACGCGCCGGGCCCGCCCGCGAUGCCGGACCUGGUCCGCGACCGCCUCUACUUCGGAGACAUCAACGACGCCAUCGCGGCUCUCACCGGGCCCCUCCCGGACGGCACCGACAUCACCCACGUCCUCUCAGUCGUCAGCUCCGCCUCCAUCUCCUUCAUCGCCGACUGCCGCCCGGGCCUCUCCAUCCCCGCCGAGGAGGUCCGCCGCGUGGUCGCCGGGGAGGACGGCGCGCCGCCCUCGGCGGUGGCCCCCGGGCGGCUGAUGCGGGUCGUGGAGAAGGCCGGGCAAGGGCUGAGGGUGACGCGGAUGGCCGUGCCGCUCAGGGACACCGAGGAGGAGAACCUGCUGGAUCACCUCGAGCCCUGCCUUGAUUUCAUUGACGAGGGGAGGAAGGAGGGCAGUGUGCUGGUGCAUUGCUUCGCGGGGGUCUCCAGGAGUGCUACCAUUAUCACGGCAUAUCUGAUGAGAACAGAGCAGAAAUCUCUGGAAGAAGCCCUAGAAUCUUUGAAGGAAAUUAAUGAAUCUGUUUGCCCAAACGACGGUUUUGUUGAACAGUUGAAAUUGUUUGAAGAAAUGGGUUUCAAGGUUGACACUUCAAGUCCUUUAUACAAGCGCUUCCGCUUAAAAUUGUUAGGCCAGUCCUACAAAAUUGGAGAGAAAAUAGGAAGCCAUGUACUGGAAGACGAUCCGGGUGUUUCUCGACAGCCUAAUCCUAGCCAGGAAUUGUCAAACAUAGAGACCAAUAAAACAGCAUACCGCUGCAAGAAAUGCAGGAGGAUUGUUGCUGUGCAGGAUAACGUUAUUAGUCACACUCCUGGCGAGGGUAACUCUAGCUUCGAGUGGCAUGACAAAAGGAAAGGUGGUCACACAUACAACAAGGAAAAAGAUUGCUCUUCUCUGUAUGUCGAGCCUUUGAAGUGGAUGACUCCAGCAGUAGAAGAUGGUGCUUUGGAAGGGAAGCUAUCGUGCAUCCACUGUGGAGCACGCCUAGGGUACUUCAACUGGUCGGGAAUCCAGUGCAACUGUGGCAGCUGGAUCACCCCUGCAUUCCAAAUUUCCAAGAGCAAAGUUGACAUAAGCAUCAUCUAGAUCUUGCAUAUUCGAGGAGUUUGUCAGGUUCACUAAAUACCAUUUCAUCAGAACCAUUGCGCACUAGAUAUAAAAAUGCAAUUGCUAGAGCCUGCUACAUAUAUUCUUACGGCCAGCAUACGGUCAUUUGCAGGUCUUUGGUUCUGAAUUCUGAUGGCAAGAAUUGUAAUCUGAAAUACUUCAAAACAACUUAUGAUAGGUUGAACCUGACAAUGUUAAGCAAGCAAAGAUUAAGAUUAAACGUGCACAACUAAUAUAUUUUUGCUUUCUGGGAAA